UUAUGCAUAUAUUACAUGGAUCUUUUCAUGUAUUCUUUGUGAUAAUUUAGUCAUUUUGAUGCACUCAAGUUGAUGUACUGUGGGAUUGAUCGGCAAACAUACCAUCAGUGGAAUAGUUCAUAAACUUUAGCAAAAUGCUGUAAAGAUAACUAUGAAGAUACAUUUUACUAGUAAUUAAUAAAAAUGUUUUAUCAAACAACUGAAUAAAAAGACUUUAUUAGGUAACAUUUAAAACGUGAGGUGAAAAUGUUAUUUAAUAUGAAUCAGAGAUUUUUUCUCGUGGUUGUGUGCUUCCUGUUCACACUUGCUGAUGGCAAACAUAACAUGGUUUAAAAAAAUCUUGUUCUCAGACUUAUUGACCUUUUGGCGUAGUUCAUCUCUUACAACCAAAAUGAACAGUUCACCAUCAAAAUAUACUGUAUGAUUUUACAGAUUCUUCUGUGUUUUAAAAUUGAUAAAAAAAAAACUGUUUAGGUAGAAAUUUCAUAUAACAUUCAGAACGUCACUUUCAAAAAAGUUGCUGUAUCUUCAGUCUUAUACCUUAUUUAAGACUGGUGACGUUCAACCACAACUUUCCACUGACUCUAGAUAAUCACUGAGCAUUUCCGUGGUUGUGCUUUUAAGGGGAGACUUGAUCAACACUUUGAUAAAAAUAUUAAAGAUCAUUAUAAGAAGGAAUUUGAAAAUUUUACUAACUUGUGUGAGUUUCUGAAGGCAUCAUGUGGAUUAUACACCCUUUGUUUAUUAUUACUCUUUGUAUGUUUCUCUUCAGUGUGCUGGCAGGUAACAACAAUAAAAAUGCAGGAAGCACAUCUUGUGAAUAUCUUCAUCCGUUGAUGUAUGCCAUCAUCUGUUUCCUCGCUGCCAUAGUUGUUAUUCUCCUGAUACUUCUGAUUAAAAUGUUCAUGUCGAUGCAAAGCGCCAUGAAAAGAGACACUAGCCAUACAACCAGCGACACAAGAGAAUCAACUGCUUUGUGUCAGAACAAUGCAUUAAGUGUCUCCCCUACUUCAGGCAAUGGUGCAGAUAAUUCAUCCUCUACUAGUUCUGAAGGCUCGCUGUCAGAUAUUUCCACUACCUCUCAACGGUAUGUAAGCCUUGAAGACCGUCGAAAGACUUCUGACUACAUAAAUGUUUCAGAAACUGCUUCCAUUGGACUAGUGGACUUGAAAAAAAUGGAUACAGACUAUGUGAAUGUUCAAGAGUCCCAACAGAAAAAGGCAAAAAGAAAAGGCCACUUGAGCGGUGAUGACGGUACGACAAGUUUUAGCAGCGAUGAUUCUACUCUGAAUUACUCCAAGGUUGUCUUUACUAAGACAGAGAAGUAAAAGAUUUAAUUAGUAGCUUCAUGAAAAUGGGCUUAAAAGGAUCAGUCACUCAGAAAUGAAAAUUAUGUCAUCAAUUACCCAACCUCAUGUUGUUUCCUUGUCUGUGGAACAAAAAAAAAUAUUAGGAAGAAUGUUUUCAACCAUACAAUUAAAAAGUCAGUGGGGUCCAAAAUAACAUUUCAUUGAUAGACAAAGAUAUAUAAAAAUCUUAUUUUAAGUUAGUCAUGCAAAUUUGGAACAACAGUAAAUAAUUAGAUGAAUUUUCCAUUUAAUAUUUUUUAAGAAGAUGUGCAUGUAUUCAAUUAAAAAUACAAAUGAAAACAUACAAUUUUAAACAAGGUUCCCAUAAACACAAGGAAUGGGGAUGCAUUUAAAAAAAAAAAUUCCAAUGCAUUUUCGGGUGUGCAUUUUAGUGCAUUUUUCAGAUCAUAAAACACCACAUCCUGACAGGAAGGAACCAGACAUGCAUCUGUGAAAGUUUAACAGUAAUAAAUAACUACUCUAAAUGUGCAGUCAUCAAAUGUUGUACUGUGAUAACAAACAUGCCCCUUUUCAACAUCGACAUUUUAUGCUUUUCCACCAACCAAGCAUCAUUUUUCUUUUUGGGCCCGAGGGAAACCAUUAAAAACUCACAUGAUGCAAUGCAAAAUUUCUCAGGAAUAUUGUUAUAAAAGGAUAAUUUUAAAAUAGAACUUAUCCCAGAUGUAUCCCAGUACCACCACAUUUAAUAUUUGAUAUUUUCAGGUUUAAUAUUUUAUAUUUAUGUCACAUCAAAAUUGCAAUAUUAUGGUGAAUCCCAUCAACUUGCAUUGCCAGUGUCCCACCACUUGGUGGUAUCAACAGCUCUGCCUGAGCUACUAUAUGGCGAUGUAGUAAACAUUAUGAAAAGUCUGUUAGGAUGUGAACUUUAUGUUAAAAUGUGGUGUUAUUUGUUGCACAUUUCUACAUGAGCUGAUUCCAAGAUCACACUGAAACAUAUUCAAUGUUAUAUCAUCUUUCUAAUUUUAAGGCCAAUCCUAACCACACAUUGCAAUAUCUGAUCAACACAGACUCUGAAAAUAACCCAAAAGGACUAUAAAAGUCACCCUCUUUAUUCUGAUAAGACACAGCUGUUUAAAUAAUUAGAGGAGGCAUCCAAGUUCCAGGAAAAACUUCUAUUUUGAGUUAGCGUUUGAAUUGAAUUCAUUACAAAAUUAGUUGUGUUUUGCGGCACUCCUUUCAGGUACUGCACAGAGACCUCUUUUAAAUUCAACUUCCAGAAUGGAAUAAUUGUAGUUCAGUUAACUUAAAGAGCAAAUUUUGUGUCAUAGAAGCUUUGCAACAAACAUGCCGCCUGCAUGUGGUUCUGUUUAAGAUUGAAAUACAGUUCACUUCAUAACAGAUGCUGAAGUUAAAGAGUGUUCCAUCUUUAGUGGCAGGGCAAAAAAGAAAUUCCGUUGCAUUGCUCACAUCCGACUAAUAAUGGCCUUUGAUCUGUCUGUUUCAUUAAAUACUCAGCUGCGAGCGCAUCAUGUAGAUUGUUCUUAAUAAAUUUAUAAUGAAACUUAACCUUUUUCUUUAUAUAAAAAAGUGUCAUUGUCACAUAAUCAAACAUUUAAUUACAAAAGUGUUUUUUUCGCAGGCAGUAAAAAGAAAUUGACUAUUGCACAAUGUAAAGCAAUGAUACAGGGAGGAUUCCAGUCAUUUUUUGGCACAUCCGCGGAGGUUUGGCCUGUGAAAUUUGGUGGUUUGGUUAAACAACAGCACUCUGUUUUUCAGGAAUCCCCAUUAAAAAAACUAUUCUCCUAAUAUAAGCCAUACCAUACAAAUAUUAAUUUAAGAUUCUGACAUGUAAUCUCAAGCUUUGCACAAAGUUUACUUAGUGUUUACCAGUUCAUUGCUAAUAAGCCAGUGUAAUCUUAUUAAGUUGUAAAACUUAAAUAACCAAUGAUAGAAAGGGAAAAACAAAGAACAGUGGUUGUAAGCUGUCAUUAAAAUGUCUUAAUAGCUCCGUUUGAUGUUGAAAGCUUCAGUAUGUAAACAGUAUCACAAUCGCAUAAUGAUUAAAAAAAAAAAAAAAAAACUGGAAUGUGUUUAAUUUCUUUUGUGUAAUUAAAGUUUAACCACUGAAAACUUACACCAAUAAACUUCUCUUGCCUUAUUA